AUGGGAAAGAAACGACAAGUUAAGAAGGCCCAUGAGAACACCGAUGAUGCUGGGACGGUGAUCAGAGGAAAUGACGUGCGAUUCGAACUUUCAGAAGAAAAUUUGGCGGAAUCUACGAGGAGAAAAUCGAAAAGUAAGAAGAAACCAAAUAGCACAGCUCCCGAAGCCGAAGUGUAUGAUAAUGAGACAGAAUACCCCAGUUCACGGAUCAUCAAGCGAGCCCCAAACGGGGACGUUAUAGUGGAGGCUUUGGAGGACACAGAACGCACAAAAUCAACGCAUGAAGAUCCGGGCAUCUCUGCAAAACUAGAUAUGCAUUGGGAAACGCUGAGUAAAGAAGAGAAAAAACGUAUGCUUCGAAUCGAAAAACAAGAGGUGUUUGAGGUUAUCAAGACUUACCAAUCGAGCAACAACUGCAACUGCUCAGUGUGUGGCCGUCGCAACGUGGCGAUGGAACAGGAACUCGAACAAAUAUAUAACCGAUUGCAUGACAAUGCGAAAGAGACCAAUUCAGACACAGAUUUUGUGCUUUUCCACCUGAAUAUGAUUAAAGAACUACAACGAGCUAAUGCUAGUGCCACUUCGGCCGCUACAAAUGAAGAGCGGCAAAGUGCCGAUCCAUCAGACACCCCUUCUCCACAAUAUCUCGAAGACAUGCGUGAUGAAGCCGUCAAAUAUUGUCUGUCCAGUAAAGCGGUAGAAUCUUUGAAAGAGGAGGUUUUGCAGUUCAAACACAACAAACAACGGCAACAGCAACUGCGUCGACAGCAACGAGAGGCAGAAAUACAUUCAACGCUCGCGGAGGAGCGUGAUAAUGUGACCACGAUACCGGAUGAUCUCCAACCACCCCCACUGCUGCCGCAACAGCCACUGGGCCUAGAGUCGUUGUCCAAAGCAGAAAAAGAAUUGUACUUGAAAAACUUCGAAGGAGGGACCCCGGCCGAAGUCCGAGAAAAAGAAUAUCAAUUUCGUCAACUUAUGCUGCAGCAAGAGCAAUCUAUGAAAUCUGCAGUUCUAUCUCCGCCAGGAGACAUGGAAGGCACAGACCCGCAAAACGUAAUCCUAGGGCAGCUUGUCCAACAUAUGCCGAAAGUUCCUUCUUCAGAUGAUCAAGAACCGCCGACGAAUGAGGAGCUGAAGGAUCGGUACAUGAAUUUUGCGAAGACUUUCAUUUCCUCGCAUCCUAAGAUAGCACACGAAUAUGUCAACAGGAUGAUGAUGUACCCCGACUUGCGAGCUUUGACCGAAGAUUUGAUGUACAACAACGGACAAAACUUCAUCAAAGCAAUGGAAGACUAUGUUGUUCAGAAGGGAACUGACUAUCGAGAAGAUGAGCAGCUUGAUGAAGUGCAUGAAACCAGGCAGACUCCAGCAGAGCGAGUGCCUCUGACCCCAGAGCAGUAUGCGAAUGUUCAGAGGCAUAUUGCUGCUGGAAUGACAGCUUCUUUCGAAAAUCAAGCUCGAGAAUUACAAAUAGCAGCCGAACGCGACGGAAAGAGUCUUUUCGAGCAAUUUUUAGCGGGUGAAGAUCCCAUAAGUUUGCUAUUGAAAUCACUCCCGAAAAAUAAUGGUCUUCAAGGAGAGCAAAUGAUGGCUACCCGUGAGGUUCAAGAAGAGAUUGAUUACGACGAUGAGGAAGAAUACGACGAAGAAUAUUCGGACUACGAAGAUGAGGAAGAAUCAGAAUAUGAGGAAGAGACCUACGAGGAAAAUGAAAUCGACGAAGAGCACCUACACCAUCACCAUGCACAGCAUCAACACCCCAAUGAGCAUCAAUUAGAUCUAGGUGAAGAGGACGUAAGUACUGCGGGAAAUGAAGAUGACUACGAUAGUGGCAUCGACGAACAGGAGCGUUUAGAGGAAGGUAGAAGGCUGAUUCAAAUUGCAAUCACCAAAUUACUGCAAAAGAAACUGGUAAAUUCCUAUCACGAAAAACAGGCCGAAAACAAUCGCCUGAGAUUACUUCAAGAGCUCGAAGCCGAAGAAGUGAAAAAGCGCGAGAAAGAGGAGAAGAAGCAGCGCAAGCGUGAGAAGGAGAAGGAAAAGAAGAAAGCUCAACAGGUUGCUAAGGAGCAGGAGAAGAAACGCAAAGAAGACGAAGAAGUUCGAGUGAAGAAGGAAGCCGAAGAGCGUGAGAUGCAGCGAAGGGAAGCUCAAAGGCAAAGAGUAGAAGAAACCAAGCGCAAGAAAGAUGAGGAAAAAAGGCGGAAGUUAGAAGAUCAAAGACGUAAAGAGGAAGAACAACAACGACAGAAGAAAAUUAAGGAAGAACAAAAAAAGAAGAGAGAAGAGGAGAAGCGCAUAAAGGAAGAAGCCAAACGUUUGAAAGAAGAAGAAUCAAGGGCGCAAAAGGAGCUGAAACGGUUGGAACAAGAACGCAAAAAGCAGCUAGAAGAUGCGACUCUUUUUGCUCAAGAAUCCCAGAAGAGGAGGAGCUCAGAGACACCGUCUCAGCGGCGCUUAAGCACUCCCCCUGAGGCUGUUCCUUACGGGGUCUCCCAGUCGUCUGCAAACAAUGAUGAUUUAUUCCAUAUGAUCAAUGAAGCCGCGUCUAAAUCUUUGUCAGCAUCUUCUUCUCAUCUGCAAACACUCCUUCAACCCCAGGUCCCACGGUCAGCUAUGCAUCAGCCACCUUCAACAGGCAUUUCUGUCAACAGCAUGGGAUUGAAUCCAAAUUGGCAAACCACAGAGGCGUUUUCAAAUGCUUCGUACGACUCUCUACCCUCUGGCACGAAGUCUUUGGAUAACACCUGGGGCAACAUGAGUACCCUUUUCCAAACGUCGCCCAGAAAGACUCUGCCUCACGAUUUGGAUCAUCAAAACGCGUUGCCUCCCCAGCCACAUGUGUCUCAGUACACACAAUUUGGUGGAGGCAUGGAAGAUCGCAAGAAAUCUUUCAGCGACGAGCUUGACAGUUUGACAAAUUUCUUAUCUUCGACCUCUUUAGCAGGGAAUCAGACAUCGUCCGCUGGAUUCCAAAUACCAGAUAAAUUGUGGUCGGGAGUGGACCCGAACGGUCAUUCUGGUGUUCCCUACAGUUCUGGCUUAAGCUCUGGUACCCCUGUUGGUAACGGAGUGCAGGUACAGCGCAAGUCGAUUUGGGAAAACGAUGUGCCUCUGGGCUCCAGUCCCAGCAUUGGAAGCAUAGCUCCCAACAUUUGGAACGGAGUGAACUCUUCUUUACCGCCGGUAUCACCAGACGUUCGAGCUGACACCAUUCAACAGGCCUACCUUUUAUCCCGUGGGGAGCUUAACUCAGACUUUGUUGACGUCGACAAACUUUAUCGUACUAUCACAACACUGCUUAAAGAUCCAAAUGCUUUGAGUUACAACGCCUAUGUGGGACAGCUUGUGAACAUGCGUUCGACACACAACUGCGAGCUUUUGACUAACGUUAGUGGCAGCAUCACCCACGUAAGGUUUCCCUUUUCGUACCCACAGCAGCACCACCACCACCACCACCACCCUCCACAGACGACGCAGGCGAACAUUUUUGACGCCGCCCCAGAUGUGGGCCCAGCCCAGAGCACUUUCAACAGCACUGCCUAUCCAAGUGGCCUCUUUGACGACCUUUACAACGGCAACAACGGCAACAACAGUGCCACGCCAGCUACGAAUCCUACAGUGGUUCCAGGUGUGAACGCAUCCCAUUACAACUACGGUCAACCAUACGGACAAGCCCGAACCAGCAAUAUAUGGGGGUGA